AUGAUGAUGAUCGAGCAGCGGCGAGAUGUGUCGAGUAUGAGCUCGCGUCGCGCGAAACGCCUUAGUCAUCAGGCGGCGAAAACGCAUCCGAUGAUACAGGCGAAACAGAAUCAUAUUUAUCUCAUUACGACGAUGACGACGCCGAAUUUCGACACGUCGAUGAUUAACAAAAUGCUACCGAAAGAGCUGAUAUUGAGAAUAUUUUCGUAUCUCGACACGAAAGCGUUGUGCCGCUGUGCGCAGACAUGUCGUGCUUGGAAUGUGUUGGCGUUGGACGGCUCGAAUUGGCAAAGUGUCGAUCUGUUUACAUUCCAGAAAGACGUCAAGACGGCGGUCAUCGAGAAUUUGGCGAGACGCUGCGGCGGUUUCCUCAAGCAGCUUUCGUUGAAGGGAUGCGAGAAUGUGCACGACUCGGCUCUCAAAUCGUUCACGGCGAAAUGCUCGAAUUUGGAGCAUUUGAGCUUGUACCGAUGCAAACGCGUCACUGAUGCAUCUUGCGAGAAUCUCGGCCGCAAUUGUCAUAAGCUCAAAUAUUUGAAUUUGGAGAAUUGCUCGUCGAUCACCGAACGAGCGCUGAAGCAUAUCAGCGAUGGAUGUCCGCAGCUCACUUAUUUGAAUAUCAGCUGGUGCGAUUCGGUGCAAGAUCGCGGUGUUCAGAUGAUUUUGACGAAUUGCCCGAAUUUGGAGACGCUGAUUUUGAGAGGAUGCGACGGGCUUACCGAGAAUGUGUUUGCGCCGGUUCAGGAAAAUAUGAAAAAUCUCACCACUCUCAAUUUGCUCUCAUGUUUUGCAAAUGAUGAUACAGUAGCCCAUAUUUCGAACGGAGCUCCCGGAAUUGAGUAUUUGUGCCUGUCGAAUUGCACAAAUAUCUCGAAUCGAUCAUUAGUCGCACUUGGAGCGAACUCGCACAAUUUGAAGGUGCUCGAAGUCUCGAGCUGCUCGCUUCUUGAUGACGCCGGAUUUGUGGCGUUGGCGAAAGGAUGCAGGAAGCUGGAGCGACUCGAUCUUGAGGAUUGCUCGCUGAUCACCGAUCAGACGAUUCAUAUGCUGACGAUGAAUUGUCCGGCGAUUCAGGAGUUGAGCCUUUCGCAUUGCGAGCUGCUCACCGAUGAGUCGGUGCAAUGUUUGAGCACAAAAAAUCGCGAAUCACUACAAGUAUUGGAACUUGACAACUGCCCGUUGCUUACGGAUUCGACGCUUUCACAUUUACGCCACUGCCGCCAACUCAAACGAAUUGAUCUCUAUGAUUGUCAGAAUGUGUCGAAGGAGGCGAUUCAACGAUUCAAGCAUCAUCGGCCGAAUGUUGAAAUUCACGCGUAUUUCGCGCCGGCGACGCCGCCAGUCGAUCAAGUUGUGAAUCGGACGGGUUUCUGCCGGUGUUGUGUCAUCUUAUGA